ACGGUGGAGUCCCACCACAAAAAGUGAAGUUGUGGGUGUAGUCUCUAAAUACCUAUGCAAUACAAUCUUCAACAACGCUGUCUCCGAGCACCGACAUGAAGACAACUAUCUUGGUAGACAACGGCGCAUCCUCGAUAAAACUCGGCGUGGCGGAUGGAAGCGAGGUGGAUGCGAAAACCAUAUUCAACGCCAUAGUACGUUCCAAAGGAGAUAAGACAACGUAUGUUGGCGACGAAAUCCGACAAUGCCAUGACUUUUCGUCUCUCCAUUAUCGUCUACCAUUCGAGAAGGGCUAUCUAGUCGACUGGGAUGCCGAGAAAGCGAUAUGGGACAGCCUCUUUAACACGAACUUCCUGGGGGUAGAUCCUACGAACUCUUCGUUGCUCAUCACAGAACCAUACUUCAACCUUCCCAACAUACAAGAUACAUAUGACCAAUUUAUCUUUGAGGAAUAUGAGUUUCAGGCAUACCAUCGAUGCACACCUGCCUCUUUGAUUCCGCAUGGAUCCCUUUAUGCGGAGCCUGCUUUACCUACCCCAGAAUGCAUGCUUGUGAUCGACGCCGGGUUCAGUUUCACUCACGUGGUGCCUAUUAUGAAUGGUGCCAUCGUCUGGAAUGCGGUCAAAAGGGUUGAUGUAGGCGGUAAACUACUAACAAACCAUUUGAAAGAGCUUGUCUCUUUCCGGCAAUGGAACAUGAUGGACGAGACAUACAUCAUCAACGACGUCAAGGAGCAAUGUUGCUACGUCUCACAAAACUUCAAGAAAGACCUCGACAUCUGCCGAGAAAAUCCCAGAAGAAAUUCGAUCGUACAAGAGUACAUCCUGCCAGAUUAUUCUGCCAAUCGCCUGGGACGUAUACGAAAACCUGACGAACCAGUCGAGGAUUCCUACCAGAUCCUGUACAUGGAGAACGAACGUUUUUCAGUGCCGGAAAUUCUCUUUCAUCCUGACGACAUUGGUCUUGAGCAAUCUGGUCUAGCAACGACGAUCGCCCACAGCAUAUCUCUAUUACCCGAAGAUUUGCAAGGCAUGUUCUGGGCGAAUAUUGGGCUAAUCGGGGGGUCGAGCAAGUUCCCUGGUUUCCGCGAGCGACUGCUUUCUGAGUUGCGCACGUUGGCGCCAGUUGACUGCGGAGUGGAUAUUUUUCAGUCUCAGGAGCCAAUCCUCGAAGCCUACCACGCCGCCCACGCAUUUUCAAGAACACCUCAGUUCACUCAAUGUCUUGUCACACGAGCUGAAUACCAGGAGAUGGGAAGCAAUGCCUGUCGACGGAAGUUCCGGGACUGGCGGUCCACCGAUACGGCUGAGCCAAAGGCCAAAGAAGUUACGAAGAACAAGAGCACUGCGAGGCUUCGAGAGGAGGACUCCGGAGGGGAUGAAGCUACGCCGUCUAAACGUACGAGGGCGAAGGGGAAAGCCGUUGCUAGUGUCCCAAGUUCGACGAGGCGGAAGUAAGAGUAAUGCAAAGGCGGUUAUUUAUACUAUUCCAUGUUUUAACUCGAGGAAGUACUAGUACGCGGUACAUGUGCAGAGAUGGCGACAGCUACUUCAUUGUUAUUCUUAAUAUCUGAACUCACUGUAGGAUGACUCACAUCAGAACUCGAAUUUUAUCAGCCUGAGUCAAGAUUCUCGCUCGGAUAAGCGACACUGUAUAUGCUAUUUCUCGUCGAAUUCUACUGUAUGGCCUUUCCAUUGGUAGCUGGAGCUCAUUCGUCUACAUCUGUAUCCAUGUAAUCGUCGACCAGAGUCAUAUCAUCUGACAUUGUAUAUUCAAACUC